GAACUGUUUUCACUGAUGUCUUCAUAGAUAAAUGUUAUCGACAUGUGAAAUUAUGAUAAAAUGGAAAUACAUGUUCCUCCCACAGGUGCAAACGAGAUGAUGAUAAGCUCAUCCACCACGUGGAUGCUGCUACUAACCGAGCAUCACUCAUUCGCAAUACCACCACGGUUGGCUGAACACUGUCAGUAUCUGACACUACUUACUCACACAAGCAAUCAAGCGUAUUUCGCAUCGAUCAGCAUGGAAACUGAUUCGUUGAGUGUCGCAUCGACACAAUCUGGUGAAGAGGACCAGGUGACCGUUGUCGAAAAUCCUGAAGCCGUCACUGACCGCACAUCGGAUGGACAACAGGAUGAUAAUGGCUAUAGUCGCCAUUUCAAAAAGAACACAACGAACACUAGCAGCAGCGCAAGUCGCUCACCGGGUCAAAAUCGUAAUACUGGCGGAGGCGGACGUGGCGGACGAAUGAGACAGUUUCAAUCUCGUGGCGGCAUGUUUAGUCCGGGCAGAUUCACACAGACUCCACCUGCUUACAUGGGUCGAAUGUAUGGAAUGGCCACACCGAUGGGCGUCCAGAUGCCAGUAGUGCCUCCGUUUCCCGGAGAGUAUUUUGAACCGCAGGGCAGCCUUUUUUCCCCUCGUUUCCGUGUAGCACCCACAACACCUAUGCGCCACUUCAACAGUCGUGGCGGAGGACCAGAUAGCCCGGGUGGAGGUGGCGGAGUUAGGCGUCGUGCUAAAAGCCCCACAUCCGUGCCAUCAUCGAGCGCGGACGCUACAAGUCCGCAACAGAAUCGAGAUGUUGGACGAGAACGUCGAGUGCGCGAAUGUAAAGAGAAUCGUGACGACGCUGCAGCGACUCCGAAACCACAACAGCAAGAAGAGGCUGCUGCUACGCCUGCAAAGAAUGAACCCGUUCGUCGUGACCACCAAAAAUUCGCUGCGGCCACUCCUACAAAUGAUCCACGCUCAUCAGCGCCGCUGAGGAGUCUUCGUACGGAGUCUGGACGUGUCACGUAUCCUCUAAUCUAUGUCUCUCCUGCGGGCUCAAUUUCUGUGAUUCUCUCACAUGCGAUUAUUAUUGAAAUGUCAAUUGAUCGAUGCGUUCGUGUUGUGUGUCAUGACAAUUUUGCUGCAUUUGUAAACGGUCGAGGCACUGCAUCAUGUAUUCUGCAUAAGAAGGCUCGAAUGUUGCACACUAGGGAUAUGGUCUACACAAAAUUUUCUUCCACUAAUGAUCGACUGGCAGUGAUCGGUGACGAAGGAAUAUUGUUUUCGAUGAGCCACCUUAACGAAGCUUAUCUUGUGUCUAGUCACAUCAAAGGUCCAUCUGCAGUCUCAUUGGAAACUCUAGAUUUCUCUUCGGGUCAUCUUGAGAAUGACUUUUCUAUUCGGUUGUUUUACCAUGAAGCGCAAACUGGCACUCAAUUCACAGUCAUGUCGAAGGAGAUCGUCCAUGAGGCUUCAUAUGAUCGUAAAGCGGAUGGCUCACUCUUGAUGCAUAUCAAUGGCAUGUCCGUACGUCAAAGUCGCAAUGGAGACGUCACUGUAGACGCAAGACCUCGCGUAAUCCAGUGCAGCCCCUCGACAACCGCUGUAUUCGUGCGUAGUUCCUAUAUCGACAUGGGAGUGCAGGAAAGUGAGAAAGCAUAUGUAAAACGGGGACUGAAACGCGUGCAUGUGUCCCGAUCCGAUUUUAGUCGAUGUUCUAUUACAACCUUUAUGCCCAUGUACAUACCUAAUUUUACCGUUUUGUCUCCCAUGAUGAUCGGUUUCAAAAAUGAGCUUUCCUCAUUGGGAACUAUUGUCAACGAUGCUGCCAAAGCAUGUCUAACAAUUUAUCUCACCAAAGGUUCAUCUGAAAUGUAUACAAAGCUUCCAAACUCUGGCCGAAAUACAGUUGUUAUGAAUUUUGGAGACCCAUUUAUCACAAGAAACUCUGCCAUAGUAGUGCAGCGGUUUGACAAGCUCAUUCCUAGUCACGCAAUAUCUGAUACAUUCAAUCGUAGGUUAAUGGAUUAUAAUGUGUUCUUAAAUGUGCCUCAGUAUAGUGCUUUUGCAUGGAAGGAUAUGCCUAGCUUACUGCCCUACUCUAGAAAAGCACCUCGACUGCUUCUGGGAGCCAUCACAGCUUUCAUGCGUUUAUUCCAUGCACCUACAGCGUACCUAACAGAGUAG